AUGAACCAAUUCUAUUCAAGUAGAUCAUCUCUAAGCUCACUAUUAAUUAGCGGCUUACAAAAAAAGGUUGUCACAUCAGUGAAGAUUACAACGUCGCUUCUUCUCGGAAUUUCAAGGCAUUUACGGAAGGAUAAAUACGUAGGCCUCUGUGACAAUUUAUAUCUAGAUCUGACAAGGAGGCAGUCGUCUUCUUGCUCCGCUUAUCUUAACAAUCCAAUAUCUACUUCAAGCUGCAGCCAGCAGCUCACUAUCAAGACGUCUCAAACAAAGAAAAGAAAGCUUUCACCUCAGAUCGCAUACAAUCAGGAUCCUAAAAUUGAUCCCGACAUUCCACUGAGCUCUGUUGAAGAUCUUGAUUCUCAAACUCUCGACUACGCACACCGCCUAGAAAUUCCUGCUGAGUUUGAGACGAAUCUACUUCAAAUUACUGCACCAUCUGAAAGUCCGAACAGUUCCCUUGGACCUCUCUCUUUUUUUGGCAGUUCUCCGAGUUCAGCGAAUCCUAGUUUUAUUUUGGAGACUGAUAUAAGUGGAGACUCUUCAAGCCUUGGCUCUCAAAAAUCGAUAUCUUCCUCGAAACAUCGAGAUAGGGGUAGUCACAAGACUUCUCAAUUGCUCUUAAAACGUAGAAUGAUGGAGGGAGCCGCAGAAGAUUCACAGAGAUCAUCUUCACCACUGAAGCGACGGGCAUCAGAUCUUGAGGGUGAUGCAGCUCAAAGUCACAAAGAUGAUCUUGAUAUGACCUCCAUUUCUUCUCUAAAUUCAAAGUCUGGAGGAGUAUCUACUCGCUCAGCCCAAGCAGGAAAAGAUUUCUCCCUUGAUGUGUUACAAGAAGAAUGCGAAAAUGGUAACAGAAAUGUAAACACAGAGGCAAUUAAGCAAACAAAAUAUUCACACGCAGCUACCACAGAUAUCCCCGAUAUAGAUACACAGAUUAAGACAGUAACUUCUAUCAUUGAAGCUGAGGAACAAAGAAAACUCCAGGAAGGAGACAAAGUUUACCUAGUAUCAAACAGAUGGCUACAGCGUGUAAAGAAUAAUGGAACUGAAGAAAAAAUUUCAAGCAAACGAAUUGAAGAUUUCGAAAUAGGGCCAAUCGAUAACUCUGAUAUAACACUUCAAAAUAUAAAGGAUUUAUCUGGUGCUGACUUUGUUCAGUUGAGACCGGGCCUAAAUCAGUCCCAUUUUACUCCAUUUCCUCAAACUGCGUGGGAUCUCAUAUUAGAAUGGUAUGGGAUUAUGCCUGGAACACUUCCUAUUAUCCGAAUAGCUCACAACAACAAUCCAAAUGGAUCUCCAUAUAUUUUGUUUGAGUUUUACCCACUAGUUUUCAAAAUCCAUCGCUUGUAUGGGUCCAACAAUACCAUAUCAGUCCCUCCGAAGUUUAUAGCGUCAAAUCCAGACGCACCUUUAUUAAUAUACAGCAGAUCUACUAAGUGGGUAGAAUUUUUAAAGGAUGUUAAGAAACAUACUAGAAUAGAAAUUUCAAAAAAAAUAAGAGUCUGGCGAGUACCAAGGCUAUUGCCACCUGUCGAACCAUACCCAGCUGCAACUAAUACUACAACACCUCCAUCAUCAAGACCAGGCUCGCCAACAAGCCCACCAAUACAAGUUGCACGUGAAGCUCAAGACUCUUGGUCUAAAUUAUUUCUCGAUGUUUCUACUUUUUUGGAGCUCCCCAAAAACAUUGCUCGGGAAUUACUCGAAGCGGAUGAUGUUACCCUUGAUCCUAAAUACAAUGGUAGUCGGAAUCUGUCUAUGACUGGUCUCGGAGAAGACCAAACUCUAGUUCUAGACGAGUUUGUUAGCACUGGCAAUAAUUGGGUCUCUAAUCAUACGUCUAAAAGUAGCAAAUUAACUUCGGCCGGGAUUAGGUCUGGAGUGUCCUUGAACGCCCAGAACAGUGUUCUUCGCAAUUGUCCAGUUGCGAGCGGACCGAUGAUGACGCGUGGAAGGGCGCAAAAUUCAGGAAGAACUCCAGGAACAGUCGGACUAAGCAACCUGGGAAAUACUUGUUACAUGAAUUCUGCCCUACAGUGUAUACGAGCUGUAGAAGAGCUGACAAAAUACUUCUUAGGGGGCGCUGCUAUGGAAGAACUCAAUCGUGCUAAUCCUCUUGGAAAUAAUGGUGACGUAGCUGUGGCAUAUCAAAAAUUACUGGAAGAAAUAUAUCACAAAGAUAUUGUGCCUAGCUCUAUUGCACCUCGCCAUUUUAGGAACACUAUUGGCAGGUAUGCUCCUUCAUUUUCGGGGUAUGGCCAACAGGAUUCACAAGAAUUUCUUGGAUUCCUUCUUGAUGGACUUCAAGAAGACUUAAGCCGAGUCAAGAAAAAACCAUACAUCGAGAAACCUGAUUCGACAGAUGAAAUGGUGAAUAACCCAGAAGCCAUACGACAAUUGGCUGAAAAAGUUUGGGACAUAACUAAAAAGCGUGAUGACUCAGUAAUUGCUGACCUCUUUACCGGUAUGUAUAAGUCGACACUAGUGUGCCCUAAAUGCGAAAAGGUUAGUAUAACUUUCGACCCCUUCAACAAUUUAACACUUCAAUUACCAAUUGAGAGCAUAUGGACACAUAGUGUUUUUUACUUUCCACUUAACGACAAACCCUUUACAAUGACCGUCGAGAUUGAGAAACAAGGCACCAUCCUUGCCUUAAAGCAGUUCAUCAGCACUCGCGUUGGCGUCCCAGCAGAAAGACUUUUUGCUGCGGAGGAGCUUAAGUGCAAGUUUUACAAAUUAUACAAGGAUUCCGAAAUUGCUUCAGACGUAAUACAAAAUGAAGAUCAUCUUACUGUGCAUGAACUAGAAGCCCCGCCUACAAAUUGGCCACCUUCUGCUAAGUUGAAGAAAUUAAGUUAUCCAUAUGACGCAGAAGAACUUGAAGAGGGUCUUUGCUGGGAUAGUCCCCUUGCUAAACGUAUGCUUGUUCCCGUCUUUCAUCGCCGCCCGAACCUGAAUGCGAUGGGUCAAAAUCUACUUAAAAAUCAUAGGAAUCCAUGGAUAAUAGACUGUGCGCCUCAUUUUAUCGUACUCACCAUGGAAGAAGCUCAAAUCGAAGAUAUUAUUAGACGCAAGAUCCUCGAGAAGGUUGCAACGCUUACUACUUCAACCAAAUUUGAAGAAAAUGAUGAUGUCGAGAAUCUGGAAAUGAAGGAGAAAGAUCAAACUAUUGAUAUGGGCUCAGAUGCUGAAUUAUAUGGAGAAAAUCGAAUAACAGCCUCGUCUGUCGAUGGCGAAGAUGAUGUCGUUGAUAUAACCAUGAACGAUAUUACCAGAAGUCCAGAAACUGGAAAUUUUGAAUCUUCAGCUCUUCCUCAGUCACAACCAAAUUCAACAAAUCCAUCGUAUCCAUUCCAAUCUCAUAAGCUUCGCCCCAAGUUCCUUGAUCCGUCUGUCCAUUUGAAGCCUGAAUUUCAGAACAUGUUUGAGAUUGGAUACUGCCAGGGUGCCCAAGAAUUGAUUCCUUCAGGCUGGAACACAAUUGACGAAGAAAAAUCUUACCCGUCUAUUUCCUCGAGAAAGUUUCCGAAAAAUCAGUUAAACAGUGAAGAUAGUUUAGAUGAGAAUGGUGCAGAAUGUGGCAGUGGAAUUAACGGUUCUGAAACGGGCGACGAAGACACCACAAAAUCCCAAUGUGCAACGCGUAUGAAUGACGAAUCUGAAUCUGGUGAUGAGUCAGUGCCCAUCAAUGCUGUUAAGGCUCUUCCAGUGCGAACCGCUGAGUUAAAAUUGACCGGAAUUAAUACAAGCAACAGGAAAACCCGUCUCCGCUCUCUAAAACCGUCUCCUAAGAAAUGCAGAAAGCAGAAUCGACCGCAGCCACGGGAAAUAGAAAGAUCUGAACCAGCUGAAUAUGACAAUGGUCCACUCAUACGUCUGAGUGAAAUCCUUGUGGUUGAUUGGAAUCCGCAUGCUUAUGAUACAUUGUUCCGCGGCAAUGCGAACGGUGAUGGCAAUCGUGCUCAACCCACUUGGAAUAGGAUGCCCACUAAACACGAUGAGAUCCUGCAAGCCAAGCGGAAACAACGUACUAUGCGUAAAAGGAAUGGCAUAACAUUAGAUGAUUGUCUAAACGAAUUUGGCAAGGAAGAAAUUCUCUCUGAAAUGGAUACCUGGUAUUGUCCACGAUGCAGAGAACAUCGGAGAGCAAGUAAAAGAUUUGAACUAUGGAAGACCCCUGAUAUUUUAAUUAUGCACUUGAAACGGUUCAGCUCUAGCGCUCGUCGACGUGAUAAAAUAGACAUCCGAGUAGAUUUUCCGAUCGAAGGAUUAGAUCUAUCACAACGAGUUGUCAAGCAAGAAAAUGGAAGAUUAGAGAAAUAUGAUCUGUUCGCUGUCGACAAUCACUGGGGAGGGCUUGGUGGGGGCCAUUAUACUGCUCACGCAAAAAACUUUUAUGAUGGCGAAUGGUAUGAAUACAAUGACUCUUCAGUCUCAAAGCAAAAGAAUUUAUCUGAUAUUGUAUCCUCUAGUGCCUACUUACUAUUUUAUCGUAGACGUUCACAAGUACCACUUGGUGGACCUAAAUUUCAACAAAUUAUUGAAGAUUACCAUAAUCGAAUCUCUCGCUCCGAUGAUGACGCAUCAGAGCCGGGGGAAGACCAGGCUCUCUUCGGAAACUCCUCCCUUCGUGGGUCGUCGAGCGCCUUGAUAGGAACAGGGGCAGCUCAGCAUCUAGUCGGUGGUUUUGAUUGCGCAGAGAUGACGUCAAAUUCUUCGAUUAUUGAAUCGCUCCCUGCCUAUGAGUCCCACGAAGAAAUCGAUGAGGAUGCUGUGCAUAUCUUAGGUUCACAAAUUGAUGGGAGUUUACACGAAAGUAUUGAAGACGAAGGGUUCUCGGAGGAGAGAGCAAUGAAUCAUGAAUCAUUCAAUAUGCGCACAAAUAGCAGCAUAUUUUCUGGCGGCUUUUCUGGCAGCGAAUGGGGUUUUACUAACGUCCCUCAUGGUCGUGGAGACAAACCUUCUGGGGCGGGAUCAGAUGAUGAAUUAUCUAGUGAACGGGUCGAGCAUAACUCUUGUCCCAGCUUGACAUCACAGGACGCACGAUCAAAGGAUUUUGAAAAUAAUAUCGUGGAAGAAGAUGACACAAAGUUUAUUGAACAAGAUUCCACUUCGGAGGUGGAUGAUGAGAAUCAGAUGCCUAACUUCGUAUCAGAAGAAAAUUUUGCUAAAAGGAUUGCUCCACACAGCAAUCUAGUUCAGCAGUCACAGUGUACUACCGUAGAUAAGACUGUUGAUUCAGAUUUUUCAACUGCGAGUCUUCCUCUCGAAGAUGUUAUAGACUUGCGGCCCGAAAAUUAG